AUGGGGCAUCGCACUCUGUCCUCCGUCCCGGCUCUCUGGGCCUCCAUCCCAUGUCCACACUAAGUGCGCCUGGACUUGGUUCUAGCUUCUGGACAAUCCUUCGGGUGGAAGGAGCAAAACCCUGAGCACUGGAGUGGCAUGCUGGCAGACCAGGUAUGGACACUGACCCAGACCGAGGAGCAGCUCUACUGCACUGUGUACCGAGGGGAAAGGGGCCAGGCUGGCAGGCCCACACCAGAAGAGCUAAAGGUCCUGUGCCAGUACUUCCAGCUGGAUGUCAGCCUGGCUCAAUUGUAUCGCCAUUGGAGUUCCAAGGACCCCCACUUCCAAAAAGUAGCUCAGAAAUUCCAAGGUGUUCAACUCCUACAACAGGAUCCCAUCGAGUGCCUUUUCUCCUUCAUCUGUUCUUCCAACAACAACAUUGCUCGCAUCACUGGCAUGGUAGAGCGGCUCUGCCAAGCCUUCGGACCUCGGCUCAUCCAGCUCGAUGUUGUCACCUACCAUGGCUUCCCCAGCCUGCAGGCCCUGGCUGGGCCAGAGGUGGAGGCUAAGCUCAGGAAGCUGGGCCUUGGGUACCGUGCCCGCUAUGUGAAUGCCAGUGCCUGAGCCAUCCUUGAAGAACAGGGGGGGUUGCCCUGGCUGCAGCAGCUGCGCAAGGCCUCCUACGAAGAGGCCCACAAGGCCCUCUGCACCCUGCCUGGAGUGGGCACCAAGGUGGCCGACUGCAUCUGCUUGAUGGCCCUAGACAAGCCCCAGGCCGUGCCCGUGGAUGUCCAUGUGUGGCAGAUUGCCCAACAUGACUACAGUUGGCACCCCACAACAACCCAAGGCAAGGGUCCAAGCCCCCAGGCCAACAAGGAACUAGGAAACUUUUUCCAGAACUUGUGGGGACCUUAUGCUGGCUGGGCCCAAGCAGUGCUGUUCAGUGCUGACCUACGCCAGCCCCACCAAGAGCCACCAGCAAAGCAUAGAAAGAGAUCCACAGGGCCUGAAGUCUAG